AUGAUAUCGGGGAUUCAGGCUACCCUAGCCUUGGCCAAGUCUACAGCACUGACUAUAAAGGAAGAGUGGAGUCAGCAGAAGAAUGUGUUAUGGGGUUUUCGUCCGUACUUGACGGACAUAUAUGAGCGGUACGGCGGCGACUAUGAGCCGCAGGUUGACCGGGGCGUGUUAGAUUGGUUGGAUGACAUUUUCGAGAGCCUGGAUACAAUAACUGAUUUCCCGCCGCCAAGUGACUACAAGACGUCGCUGCCGGCGUUGGAUCUGCAGCAGAUGCUGCGGGAUAUGCGCAAGUUAUGUAUCCUGCGUUAUACAACGGUGCCCAAAGUUAUUUCAGAGGAUGACUUUUGGAUCUGGGUGCAUUUUGGCAUAGAAACGAAACUCAACGAAUUGAAAUCGAACACGGAAGUCACCGCCGCAAUUAUAAAGACCUACAUUCAUAAGCGCAUCCAUCAAGAAGAAGAGGUUCGGGAACGGACUGCCCUCGCCGCACAUAGGGCAAGACAGGAACUUAGUACUGGAGGAAAUAACGGAAUUACCGAAAACAUCACCAGUACCCUCGUCAGUGCACCAGAAAAGACUCAACAACUUAUUUCCAAGUUCUUCGGUGCCAUUAAGACGCGUGGCAAUUCGCCUAACAACGUUCAGGACCCUCUAACUUCCUUGAACCCUCCAACUUCCUUGACCCUCACGGGGGGGACGCAAGCCUCCGCAGAGGAUCUCUCAGCUGCAGGUAAAUCCGUAACAGAUGAACCUGACCCCAUAGCAGACGAAGUAUCGUCUACUAGCCAAGAUAACGAAGGUCUUGCUUGCCCAGAUAAUGAAGGACCUGCUCACUCCGAAGGAUCUGCCCACUCCGAAGAACCUGCCCUUUCCGAAGAGCCUGUUAACUCCGGAGAACCUGAGCGUUCGGAAAAAAAUGCCGGCAAUGGAGCCCAAACUGUGGAAGAGAGUGAUGGCAUCAAAGCCGAGCGUCCGGAUGAGCUGGCUUUCCACCACAGGUCGGCUGAACAAGGCACCCUACGACCGACUGGCGGUGUCCGGGAAAUCUCGGGAGAGCCGGCUGCCCCAGUAUCCGGUGCAGCCAGCAAUAUGCCACAAUCCAAUCUCAUAGAUACUGACCUCGAAGACGUCAACAGAGACGCCCAGGUGAACCCCAGUGUGCCAGAGAACAAGUCGUGCCCCGCACUGGACAGCAAGGAUCAGCAGAUCGGCUGCUGCAUUGACGACCAACAAGACGACGACAUUGACGACCUUUUGGCUCUCGAGAAAGAGCUUGGCCUGUAA